AGAAUAUCACAUAGCAAAAUACAGAGAGGGCGACAGAACCGAAGAGAAGGGAAGAGCGCCUGGCAGGGGCUCACAGAGACCCCCGGAUCCAGAUGCAGGUUCAUAUCCCACCUUACCGAUCGAUAUGUGAUCAGUUUCAUCAAUCCCUUCGCCUGAAUGACGCCCGGGCUGCUUGAGACGUUGUAACAGGGAGGAGAAACAAAACCCUUCCCGGCGACCUUUUUUUUCUCUCUCUCUCUCUCUAUUGUGGAUCAUUUUCUCUCUUUGGAAUCGGAAUCGGAAUCGGAUUGAUCGUUCAUAAGGGCAGCUCGCAGAUUGGCUUCGAGGGAGUAAGAUGGGGUGUUUGGGGAGCAGUAAAACCGAAGACCAGCGCAUCGACGAGAAAGCACAGCGAGAGGCCAACAAGAAAAUAGAGAAACAGUUGCAAAAAGAGAGACAGGCGUAUAAAGCCACACAUCGACUGUUGUUGUUGGGUGCUGGGGAAUCGGGGAAAAGCACUAUCGUGAAGCAGAUGAGAAUUCUUCACGUCAACGGGUUUAAUGCGGAGGAAAAGAAACAGAAGAUUCAAGACAUUCGCAAAAAUGUGAAGGACGCCAUCGUGACCAUAGUGUCUGCAAUGAGCACUUUAAUACCACCCGUCCCACUCGCUAAUCCAGAGGACCAGUUUAGGAUCGACUAUAUCAAAAGCAUAGCACCGCUCUCUGACUUUGAUUACACACAGGAGUUUUUCGAUCAUGCGAAGAAGCUCUGGGAUGAUGAAGGCGUUAAGGCGUGUUAUGAACGCUCCAACGAAUAUCAACUAAUCGACUGUGCGCAUUACUUUCUUGACCGGAUCGAUGCAGUAAGACAAAGCGACUAUACUCCAACAGACCAGGACUUGCUUCGCUGCAGAGUGUUAACAUCAGGGAUUUUUGAGACGCGAUUUCAGGUGGACAAAGUCAACUUUCAUAUGUUUGACGUGGGAGGUCAGAGAGACGAAAGGAAAAAGUGGAUUCAGUGUUUUAAUGACGUCACAGCGAUCAUCUUUGUGGUAGCAAGCAGCAGCUAUAACAUGGUCUUAAGGGAAGACAACAACACGAACAGGCUACGGGAAGCACUUGCUCUUUUUCGCAGUAUCUGGAACAACAGAUGGCUGCGGACCAUUUCGGUCAUAUUGUUCCUAAACAAACAAGACAUGCUGGCAGAGAAAGUAUUAGCUGGGAAAUCCAAAAUUGAAGAUUAUUUCCCUGAAUAUACUUCUUACACCUUACCUGAUAAAGUAACUCCUGAACCCGGUGAAGACCCCAGAGUGACGAGAGCCAAGUAUUUCAUUCGUGACGAGUUUUUGAGGAUCAGUACAGAAAGCGGAGACGGCCGUCACUACUGUUACCCCCAUUUCACAUGUGCAGUGGACACGGAAAACAUCCGCCGGGUCUUCAACGACUGCCGAGACAUCAUCCAGAGAAUGCACCUGCGGCAGUACGAACUCUUGUGAUCUCACUUCAGCUCUUUACAAACGUGUCUCCAAACUCCCCCUGCCCUCAUAACUCACGAGGCCAAAACCGCAGACGAAUAUACUACUGACGUUUGGCGCACCACCCUUCGGUUUUUUUAGGUGUUUUAUUUUAACUCAUGAUUCGGAGCGGAGAGGCUCGCUGGAUUCCCCCCCCCCCCACGUUUUUAUUCGAAUCACCUUUAUUUUUUGCCAUUCCAUGAAGCCUCUGGCUACCUCCUUAUUUUUUAUUCAAAUAAAAAAUGAUAUCGUCGUGUGUAUAUAUAUGUAUACGUGCUGGCGCCUGGCAGAUUAUGAAGAUCGCAUCACCUUGUGACCUCCAGGAGUCCUAGUCUCUCACCCCGAACCUUGAUCUUCUGGCCUACAGGGCUCUCUGCUGCUCUUUCUGUUUCCGAACACUGAAGAUCGCCCGCGGACUGAGGCGGGGACAGGGAGGCGGGCCGGGGGUUGUCGAACACGGGGGAAGCGAAGUGAAGUAAUGCACUUUUCCAUCAGGUUUUGACUGACGGUUUCCUUUACGAAGAUGGACACACAAUGUAGCAUCAAAUCAUGAAUUUCUGUCCCACUUAAGGCUGCGGAUAGGUCAGAGAAUGGCGGGGAUGACCACGCCCCUUUUUAUGUGAAAGAUGCGGAGCCUUUGAAA